CAGGAGGAGGAGGAGCGGGAGGAGCGGGAGCCAUCCCAACUUCCGGGUAGUGCCGCCGCACGCCGCGCCACCGGCGCCUUGCUUUCUGCUCCCCCCUCCCCCGUGUCCCCCUCGCCUCUCCCUCCUUGCCUUUUAUCCUCAGCCCCACCCGCCAAAAUGAACAGCUCGGACGAGGAGAAGCAGCUGCAGCUCAUCACCAGCUUGAAGGAGCAAGCAAUAGGCGAAUAUGAAGACCUUCGAGCAGAGAACCAGAAAACAAAGGAGAAGUGUGACAGAAUUAGGCAAGAACGAGACGAAGCUGUUAAAAAACUGGAGGAGUUUCAGAAAAUUUCUCACAUGGUUAUAGAGGAAGUGAAUUUCAUGCAGAACCAUCUUGAGAUAGAGAAGACGUGUCGAGAGAGUGCUGAAGCCUUGGCAACGAAGCUAAACAAGGAAAAUAAAACACUGAAAAGAAUCAGCAUGUUAUACAUGGCCAAACUGGGACCAGAUGUAAUAACGGAGGAGAUCAACAUUGACGAUGAUGAUCCCGCCACCGACACGGACGGUGCAGUAGAGACUUGUGUGUCAGUUCAGUGUCAGAAACAAAUCAAAGAACUCCGAGAUCAAAUUGUGUCUGUCCAAGAAGAAAAGAAGGUGUUAGCCAUUGAGCUGGAAAAUCUCAAGAGCAAACUCGUAGAGGUGAUGGAGGAGGUAAAUAAAGUCAAGCAAGAAAAGGCUGUUUUAAAUUCAGAAGUUCUUGAGCAGAGGAAAGUCUUAGAAAAGUGCAACAGAGUGUCCAUGUUGGCAGUCGAAGAGUAUGAGGAGCUGCAGGUAAACCUGGAACUGGAGAAAGACCUUCGCAAGAAAGCGGAGUCAUUUGCACAAGAGAUGUUCAUUGAACAAAACAAGCUGAAGAGACAAAGCCACCUUCUGCUGCAGAGUGCCCUUCCUGACCAGCAGCUUCUGAAAGCGUUAGACGAGAACUCAAAACUCAUCCAGCAGCUCGAAGAAGAGAGGAUCCAGCAUCAGCAAAAGGUCAAAGAGUUAGAGGAGCAGCUGGAGAAUGAAGCCCUGCACAAAGAGAUCCAUAACCUCAGGCAGCAGCUGGAGCUUCUGGAAGAAGACAAGAGAGAGCUGGAACAGAAAUACCAGAGCUCGGAGGAGAAGACCAGAAACCUGAAGCAUUCAGUGGAUGAACUCCAGAAGCGAGUGAACCAGUCGGAGAAUUCGGGGCCUCCUCCACCUCCGCCGCCUCCGCCUCUUCCCCCUCCACCGCCCAAUCCGAUCCGGUCCCUCAUGUCUAUGAUCCGGAAACGAUCCCACCCCAGUGGCGGCAGCGCUAAGAAAGAAAAGGCAACUCAGCCAGAAACAGCUGAGGAAGUCACAGACCUGAAGAGACAAGCCGUGGAAGAGAUGAUGGACAGGAUUAAAAAGGGGGUUCAUCUUAGACCAGUUAACCAGACUGCCAGACCCAAGGUGAAGCCAGACUCUUUAAAGGGCUCCGAGAGCGCAGUGGAUGAGCUGAAGGGAAUACUGGGGACACUUAACAAAUCCACUAGCUCGAGAAGCUUAAAAUCCCUUGGCCCCGAGAACAGUGAAACUGAGUUAGAGAGGAUUUUACGUCGCAGAAAGGUGACGGCAGAAGCUGAUAGCAGUAGUCCUUCCGGGAUAUUAGCCACCUCAGAGUCCAAAUCCAUGCCAGUGUUGGGUUCUGUAUCCAGUGUAACAAAAACAGCCUUGAACAAGAAAACUCUGGAGGCAGAAUUCAACAGCCCGUGCCCCCUAACACCUGAGCCAGGUGAAGGGCCCCGUAAAAUGGAAGGAUGCGCGAAUUCCAAGGUUACGUUUCAGCCUCCCAGUAAAGGUGGACACGGGAGACAGUGUGUGGGCGGUGAGGAGCGAGCUGAGCCAGUUGUAGUUCUAGAUCCUGUUUCCACACGUGAACCCCAAACCAAAGACCAGGCUGCUGAAAGAGACCCGACCCGAUGCAAGGAGGGAGGAGGAGGAGAAAUGCAGCCAGAAUGCAAGGAAGACGGCGGUGGGAAAGCAGCGGGAGAGACGGACAGUUCCAGCUGCUGAUGGGGAGGCAGAGGCCGGCGUGUGUGGGGUCCUUGUUGUUACUAGUUAAGCACAUGGUUCAUCUGGGUGUCCUGUCGAGGACUGCUGGACACUCUUUUGCUCUGGUCCACACACUUAUUUGCUGGUAUCACUUUGUAAAGUAGCAAUCAUAAACAUAAGUAAGCUGUUUAGCAAAAAAAAAAAUGCAUCUUCUGGGUAGUUUUUUUUUUUAAUCUUUAUAGGGGUUGGGGUUCUUUCUGGUUUCUGUAUGAAGUAUGACUUCCUUGGGGAAGGUGGCGGGAAGCUCAGAUGUUGUCUUUGUAAGGGAACCUGCAGACUACUCUUCAAGUUUAGUCAUGCUGAAGUUCGAGGUGGUUGCCAGUAACUGGAUAAACAGGGGCCACCGGAGCUUAAAAGUGAUCUUAGUCCAAAUCUUCUAUGUGCAGCCCUAGCACCAGGGAGACUGAGGCAGGAGGAUGACUGGAGCCUGGACUUCAGUUUGGGUCACACUACAAGACUCCAUCUAAAGAAAGGUUUCCCAAAGGAGCCUCUGCUUGGGUCUGGUCUUUUGGUGGGGAAACUGAAACUGGCCGGAAGUGAAGGGGGUCCAGUGGCACCUCCGUUUUGUAGGUUGCGCUGAGACCACCCACAGUGUAGAGCCCAGAGAGGUGGCAUCAAGCCUCGAGGUUUCUGAGUUGUGGCUUUGUGAAAAACAUGCCAGUGUCCAAGGCUCUCCAAGGACUUCAGGAGUCAUGAUCCGGUUGCUGAAUAGAGAAAGGAAACAGAAGCUCAAAUCUUGAAUUUAAAAGGAACCACCUUAGUAGUUAACCAUAUUUUCUGUUCCACGAGUUAACUGUGUUUUCCCAUCCACUCAAGUGGCACAAACACUGUAUUUUACUCCAGUCCUUAUGCACAGUGAAGAUAAGUGACAAGCACACGUUUUUUUUUUUCUUGCUUCCCCGCCUUUCUAUAUUACAUGGGUCUUUUUGUUUUGUUUUGUUUUCUAGAGGAAAUUAAGUGGCAGUUUCUAAAAAUACAAUGUUUCAGACUACCACAGUGAAUAAAUAGAAAUGUAAUCAGGGAUUUAAAAAAAAACAACUUAUGCAGGUUUUUAAAGUUGAUUGUUUCAAAAUUGGUGUUUAUUUAAAAUAAGUGGUAAUGUACUUGAAUGCACUUUUUAUGAUAAUGAUUCAGUAAUGGUAAUUUUACUAUUAAAGAAAGUGAAAGGCUUAGUUUUGUUAGCAUGACUCAGCAUGUAGCUGUCAGGUGCUUUGCACCUAAGGGCAAAAGAAAAUGAUAGUAACAAUUGCAGUAGUUGUAUCCUAUUGUGUUUUUGCACGUGUGCUGCUAGUGUAGGCUUGAGGAGGUGGGGAGGCAGGUGAGGGCACUUCCUCAAUUUGAAGACAAUUCUCUUUGGGUAGGUUCAUUAGGCUUGACCGUUCCCAUGUUCCUUCAGUGCUGGUUUUAUCGCUCCCUGUCAGUUCGCUCAUGGGGAAUUAAAACGUGAUUUUCUUUUUUUCAA